GUUUGUCCCAAUACGUCGGAGCUACUCGCUCAAAUACGCGUCCAGUAUAUAUAGACUACAGUUCUUUUUGUGAGAUAAAAAAUGGAUCUGUUAGCUCUUGUUGGCUUAGUAGUCAUUAUUUAUUAUUUGGUUUACAUGAUAUAUCCAUGGUUCUUGGAUUGCGAUUUAAAACUUGCUUUUUACGAAAAGUUUGGGAAACCCAUAACUUCCUUGAGGGGGAAGACAAUAUGGAUAACAGGAGCAUCGAGUGGAAUUGGGGAACAUCUUGCAUACGUCUUAGCAACUGCUGGUUGUAAAUUAGUUUUAUCCGCACGGAGAAAAGAAGAACUAGAGAAAGUAAAAGCCAAUUGCCUUCAAAGAAACUCAAGUUUAACCUAUACAGAUAUUGAAGUACUUGUUUUGGAUAUCUGUGACAUAGACAGUCAUGAAACAGCAUUUAAACACGUUAUUAGUAAAUUUGGGAAAUUAGACAUACUGGUAAAUAAUGCUGGUCGGUCUCAAAGAGCACUAUGGGAACAAAUUGAUCUGGCUGUUGACAAGCAGAUGUUUGAUUUAAACGUUUUCUCACAAGUUGCUCUCAGCCGAUUGGUGGGAAAAUACUUCUUCCAAGUAGGUGAAGGUCACUUUGUGGUUACUUCGAGUGCUGCAGGAGUCGGAGCAACAGCAUUUUCUGCUACCUAUUGUGCAACUAAAUACGCUUUACACGGAUAUUUUCAUACUUUCUGGAUAGAAAAGAUAAGUCAAAAUGUACCAGUUACAGUGGUAUGUCCAGGACCAAUUCAAACAAAUUUCUUAGCAGAAGCUUAUACAGAAAAGCCAGGGGAAAAAUAUGGCGAAAACACAAACAGUAAUUCGGAGAAUAAAGUCAGUGCAGAACGUUGUGCAACACUGAUGGGAGUUGCGAUCGCGAAUAAACUUCUUGAAGUGUGGAUCUCUAAACCACUUAUACUUCAGUUACUAUACCUCAGAGUUUAUUAUCCAAAUAUAGCAAUCUGGGUAUUGAGAAUAUUAGGACCAAGAUUUUUGCAACGUUUACGGGACGAUAAAACAACGCUCAAACAAGAACAAUGAAUAUGAUGUUUAAUAUAUAUUUUACACUUAUCUAAUAAAAAAGGUCUCAAAUG